ACGGGAUGCCCUCGGUCCCGUAUAAUAAUAUCGGCGCUGAUAGGUGAGCGCUAAAGCGGCGCAGAACUAUUCAGCUUAAAGAAGCGGCUUCAAAUAUCCUUUCACUUAUUAAAACAAUGGCAUCCAAGUGUCCCAAAUGCGACAAAACUGUCUAUUUCGCUGAGAAGGUGACAUCCCUAGGGAAGGACUGGCACAAAUUCUGUCUGAAGUGUGAACGCUGUAGCAAGACCCUGACAGCAGGGGGCCACGCUGAGCAUGAUGGGAAACCCUACUGUCACAAACCUUGCUAUGCUGCCCUCUAUGGACCAAAAGGUGUGAACAUCGGGGGUGCCGGCUCCUACAUAUAUGAGGCGCCUGCUAAUAAUGUCCCCGCCAGUGUUCCCGUUGAUGCCCCCCCCAAACCGGCAGAGAAGAUUGCAUCUGCCCCCCCCAGGGGCCCCUCGAAGGCCGGCAACAUAACAACCUUCUCCGGGGAGCCCAGUGUGUGCCCUCGUUGCAAUAAAAAGGUGUAUUUUGCGGAGAAGGUAACUUCCCUGGGAAAGGACUGGCACAGGCCUUGUCUGCGCUGCGAGAGAUGCAACAAGACCCUGGCAGCAGGAAGCCAUGCAGAGCACGACGGACAGCCAUACUGCCACAAACCAUGCUAUGCCGUCCUCUUUGGACCCAAAGGGGUUAACACCGGAGGAGUCGGCAGCUACAUCUACGACAAAGAGCCAAGCAGUGAAACUCAGCCUUAAGGGGUCUGCCUGAUGAGCCACUGUCUAACACUAACACCUCUGCACUCUUCAGGCAUAAAUACGUACUGGUAUAAUCCUUAAGCAAAUCGUCCAGCUCACCUGACCUCUGUGCUGUUUUCCCACUGUAACACAGUCUUUCGUAAUGGCAGGGACCUAACGCAUUCAUAUAUAUAUGUGCAAGUUGGACUGGGGGCAUGUAAGACGCACUCUGUCAGGCAGCCGUAUGCUUUAUGCAUGGCAUCACCCUCUUCUCUGAUGGUGUAGUAAAUGAAUGACAGAACAAAAGAAAUUGUUGCCAUACUUUUAAAGUCUGGAGGUUUCACCUUCCAGAGAAUGCACAGAGAUGACAGGGCUCCAGUUCAAGGGGCCUUCAGUGUUUUUACCAGACAAAGGUAUGCAAAGGUAAUGAUGCAAUGCAGAUACCUGGCUCAAGAUAGAAGACUAAUUUAUGAUUUAAGUUCAACAAUCCAAUUUGAAAUUGUUGGUAAUAGGAAGUAGCCAAUAGAAACUUAAUUGUCCUUAAUACGUUUUCUGAAAGAAUGUGCUUUAGUACUAUAUUGCUGUCAUAAGAUGAUAUUAAUGACCAUUUUCUGUAACAGAGCUUUAAACAUUAGGACUUUGAAGUAGAAAUAACAUAGGCCUCAAUCCAUUCAUUUUUAACACAAGGUUUAUAUAGUGUGUCAUUUUGUAUUUUUGCUGGUUUUUGUCACCCAUGCUACAUUGAACACGAUAUUCUGUAUGAUUUCCAGCUCUUUGAAUUUCAUUAAAAAGCAUGUAAGAAUCAA